AUAAUCCUCGCGGCUAUUUCUGUGCCGCGGCAGCAUGGAAUACAACGACACGUUGCUGAUACCGGGCCAGCGCAUACGGCCGCCCGUCACCGAGGAAACGGCGGUCGCCCUGCUGGAGCGACUCUAUGGCAUGAAGGCGACGAGCGUGCGCGAGCUGGACGCGUAUGACGACCGCAAUUACCACGUGCUGUGCGAGGAGACGCACGCGAACCCGCACGUGGCCAGCCCCGAGAAGGCCGGCUAUGUCCUCAAGGUGAUCAACUCGCUGGACUCGCGGAAGACCAGGGUGAUCGAGGCGCAAAGUGAGCUCAUGAUCUUCCUGAACCAGCAGGACGUUUCUUGCCCACUGCCGGUCAAGAACGUGAACGGCGCGUAUUUCUCUCUGGAGAAGCUGAGGAGCGACAACACGAUGGAGAGGUACGCCGUGCGGUUGCUGGUCUACCGGCCCGGCGAGCUUCUGCAUCGCGCGAAGAUGACCGACGAGCUGCUGCGUAGAGUCGGCCACUUCGCCGCCAGGAUCGACGGGAUUCUCGCCGGCUUUGACCACCCCGCUUAUCAUGAUCACAAGACGCUCUGGAUGCUGACGUCGGUGCCGCGGGUGCAGCAGUUCACGUACGCGGUCAAAAGCCCGCUCGACCGGCAGUUGGUGCACGACGUGAUCCAGAGUUUUCAGCGGGAGGUACUGUCGAUUACGGAUCGACUGGAGCAAGGGGUGAUACACGGCGACCUGAACGAGCACAACAUCAUCGUGAACCCUAACGGCGAGGACGUAAUCGCCGUGAUCGAUUUCGGCGACUCCCACAGGACCUGCCGCGUCUUCGAGCUGGCCAUCGCCCUCUGUUACAUGAUCCUGCAGGCGGCCGAUGUGGGGAUGGGCAAGUACGUUGUCGAGGGCUACGAGAAGCUCAGAAAAUUGACUGAUCUAGAAAAGAAGAUCCUCAAGGUCAGCGUGUGCGCCCGGAUGUGCCAGAGCCUGGUGAUGGGCGCCUAUUCGCACCUGCAUGAUCCUGACAAUCAAUACCUGCUGAGCACACAGAAAACUGGGUGGACGUUGCUGAAGAGACUCUGGCCUAUGUGUCAAAGCGACGUGAUGCAAGCUUGGGGAUUGAUUGAAGCUCCUUGAACGAGCGACGCUAAUCAAUUUGCUGAAUUACGCGAUGGAAGAUAACAGAUUACUUGAAGCAUUCAGGCGUUUAAUUGAAAUCAUCCUAGUCGAUAUUUUUAUGACGGGUAAUUGAGCAAUGACGUGAGUUGUGAUCGUUAAGUUUCAUGGUUGAAUGGAAAGGAAACACGAGACUUGGAGUAAUCUAACGUAAUGUUUUAUGUUUGAUUCAUUAUCGAUAUUUUUUAUUAAUAGCAUUUCGAUGGCACUUAUCGAAAGUAUCAUAGGUGUAUUUUUUUAACUACGUUUUCGAUUGCAAUCUAAUUUUAUUAUAAUCAUAGUUACACAAUUUAUAUCAUUUAUGUUUAUUUAAUUCUCUAUUUCUAUUGAGUGUCUCGAACGAACAAACAAUUUUCGGAAAGAAAACUAUUGCAAGAUAUUCUCGAGAAAAGUUGUAAUCUUUCUUAUUUACUAAUACUUUUAUAACGACUUUGUAUCACUAUGUUUAAAUUUGUGCUCGCGAACACGUAUUUGUCGAAAGUCUAUUUCAAUGUUAUCAAAAACGAUGGUCAAUUACACGAAGGCAAUACAUUUAUAACGUAUUUUACGAUAAUGUGCAUAAUAAUGUGUAUAAAAAUGUUUAAAAAUGCAAUAUAAAUUUAAAUAUAAGACACAGAAAGAUA